AUGACGGUGGCGAUUCGCCCAAAUGAGAUGCAUUAUAGCGGUGUGAGGAACAGGCUAUGGUGCAGGCACGUGGCUGAAAUCAGAGAUCCUCUCCAGAGGACACAUGUCUGGCUCGGGACUUUUGAUAGACCUGUGGAAGCUGCUCGGGCUUAUGAUAUGGCGGCGAGGCUGUUUCACGGCCACAAGGCCAUAACUAAUUUCCCUUUUACAACUGAGGAUAACCUCAGAAAUGAGAAAGAUUUUCUGAAAAAGCUUAAUCCUAAGAAUGCUAGUAUCAAUAGUAAUUCUAAUCAGAGCAACACUAUAGGAUCGUCUUGCAGACAUGGUCACGGUUCUGCUCCGCAGCCGACAACGCGUGAUAAAUUAUUUCUCACGUUCCCAGAAGCUCGCCAUGACGUCCGACGAGAUGAAGCACAUUGA